AUGAGGCUGUUAAGAUUUUGGGGGGGGCUAUAGCCAAACCCCCAGCUCUGUGCACCCUUUCGCUAUAAACCGGGGUUCAGCACCAAGAGAUGGUGGGAUCGGAGUGGGUUUCUCCCCCCAAAACGCUGAGGACAGCGACUCCCAUGGGGCAGGGGGAUCAAACCCCCCAAAAUGCUGGGACAGGGGAUGGCACAGGGUCACGGUUGGCAGGUGCUGGGGCAGGAGGUGGCCGUGACCAUCACAGCGGCAUCGGGGCGGGGGGUGACUUAGUUUAGUCUAUAAUCAAGAUAAAACCCAGAAAGGAAAGUUCUGGAAAACAGGGGGAGAGGAAACCCCCAAAGCAGCCACCCCAGGGGACCGAGGUCCCUUCUCCCAGGGGACAAAGGGCCCUGUGGAGGAUUUUCUGUUCCCGGUGGCAUUGCCAGCAGGGUGUGCAGCCGCCAAGGGGGGAAUCGGAGACAAUUACCCCAUCAUCUGUCCCCAGAACUCACCGAAGACGUGACAUUGUGCUCCAGAUGUCCCCAGAUGCCAUCGCUGUCCUCACCGGCUCCUGGCAAGGCGGGGGGACACACAGCAGCCCCGUCCCGGUCGGUGUGGUCCCCGUUCCCCGUUUGCAGGACAAUCUCUCCCGCCGCGGGACAAACAGCUUCGUGUUCCUCCCUGGUGACCCCGGCACGGCCACGGGAGGUGACAGCGCGGUCGGGGGCACCGAGGUCACCAGUGGCAGGGGAGCGCGGAGCCCUGGCCGGGCACCGUACCGGCACGGCCCUCCGGUCAUCUGACCCCCCCCCGCCACGUCCCAGCCCUAUAAAUCCCCGUCCCCAGCACCGAGCCACAAACGAGCCCCAGUGUCACUGUCACCGCCAUGGGACGGGGCUGCUCCCUCCUCCUGCUGCUGCUGCUGCUGCCCCCGGGUCCCCGAGCCGCCGUCUCCCUCCUGCGCUACCGCUACGACUGCGGGGACCAGGGGAUGCAGCUGCUGGCGCAUCCCCCCCCCGGCCGCACCGUCCGCUUCAAGGUCCUGGAUGAAUUUGGGACCCGCUUCGACGUGGCCAAUUGCUCCAUCUGCCUCCACUGGCUCAACACGGGGACGGACGGCACCGUCAUCUUCUCCUCUGGCUACGAGGGCUGCCACGUCCUGGUCAAGGAGGACCGGUACGUCCUGAGGGUGCAGCUGGAGGAGCUGCUGCUCAGCGGGGUCCUGGUGGCCUCCUACCAAGUCAACAUGACGUGUCCGCAGGCGGCGGACGACGAGAUCGUCAACACCCGCACCGAGCACCAGCCCGGCCGUGGUGACACCGGCCACCGGCCCCAGACCAAUGUCCUUGUCCCCCUGUCCCAGCCUGGCCUCCUGCACCAUGUGUCCCAGUCUGUCCUCGCCCACCCGGGACCCCAAAUCUCUGCCCAAAGCCACUCGGAGCGGGGACAUCCCAUAGCUCAGACCCAGCCUGUCCUACUGCACCCAGGGAUCCAGUCCCAGCCUAGCCAGGCUCGCCCAGGGCUCCAGCCGCACGGGGGCUUCAUACGCCCGGGCAUGCAGCUCCCAGCCCAGCCUGGGCUUCAAAACCCAAACCGGGCUGGCUUGGUGCGCCCUGGAGCUCAAACCCAACACAACCUCCUUCGCCCAGGGGUUCAGACCCAAAAUCAGCCGGGACUUGUGAGCCCCGGAGCUCAAAACCAACCAGGUUUUCUUCGCCCAGGGGUUCAGACCCAGAAUCAGCUGGGACUUGUGCACCCUGGAGCUCAAAACCAACACAAUUUUCUUCGUCCCGGGGUUCAGACCCAAAACCAGGCUGGUUUGGUGCACCCCGGAGCUCAAACCCAACAUCUCCUUCGUCCAGGGCUUCAAAACCAAAUCCAGCCUGGGCUUGUGCACCCUGGAGCCCAAAGCCAACCAGGUUUUCUUCGCCCAGGGGUUCAGAUCCAAAAUCAGCCUGGAUUUGUGAGCCAUGGAGCGCAAAACCAACCAGGUUUUCUUCGUCCAGGGGUUCAGCCCCAAAACCAGCCUGGUUUGGUGCACCCUGGUGUCCAGUCUGGUUUAACACACGCUGGUGCUCAAACUCAAACUGGCUUUGUACGCCCAGGAGCUCAGCCCCAAAACCAGCCUGGUUUAACUCGCCCCAGCCUUCAGACCCAGUCCCAAACUGGUCUCCUCCACCCUGGGCUCCAGAGCCAAACUGGGCUAUCUCACCUUAGUCCCCAGUCGGGUUUAGUCCACUCAGCUCUGCAGAGCCAAACUGGGCUGGUCCAUUCCCAACCCGGCCUAAUGCACCCGGGUCUCCAGUCCCGCCCAGGUUUGGUCCACCCUGGGUUCCAGGCUCAGCCUCAGCCGGGUUUAGUGAGUCCAGGACUCCAGCCCCAAGCCCAGCCUGGCUUACUGCACCCCGGGCUUCAGACCCAGCCUAGGCUGCUGCAGUCCACGGCUCUCUUCUACCCCUCUGCAGGGGCAGGGACGCAGCUGACGCGGGAGCAGUGCCAGGUGACGGUGGGGAGGAUGGCGUGCGUGGCCCCCCCGGGCCGGGAGCCAUGUCUGCAGGCGGGAUGCUGCUACGAUGACAUGGACCGCGUGGCGCCCUGCUACUACGGCAACACAGCCACCGUGCAGUGCCUGCUGGACGGUCACUUCGUGCUGGUGGUGCCACGGGGACUCGUCACCCAGCCCUACAACCUGGACAGCGUGCGCCUGGCCAGCGCGCAGCCCGGCUGCCAGCCCCUGCGCGUCACCGACGCCUUCGUCAUGUUCCGCUUCGCCGUCACCCAGUGCGGCACCACCGUCCAGGUGAUCGAGGACCAGCUGGUCUAUGAGAACCAGCUCAUCUCCACCAUUGAUGUCCAGGGGUCCCCCCGCGGCUCCAUCACCCGCGACAGCACCUACAUCCUCCAAGCUCGCUGCAUCUACAACGCCAGCGACCUGCUGCCGCUCCACAUGGAGGUGGCCGUCCCUCCCACCGUCACCCCCCUGGCCAUGCAGGGACCACUGGGGCUGCAGCUCCGCAUCGCCACUGACGAGAGCUACAGUUCGUACCACGCCGAGGGCGACUUCCCGCUGGUGCGGGUGCUGCGGGACCCCAUCUACGUGGAGGUUCGGCUGCUGCACAAGACGGACCCCAACUUGGUGCUGGUUCUGCACCAGUGCUGGGCAUCCCCUGGCACCCCCGGCACUGCCGAGCCCCAGUGGCCCAUCCUGGUGGAUGGGUGUCCCUACACGGGUGACAACUACAGGACGCAGCUGGUGCCGGUGGGACCAGCCACACCGCAGCUGCCCUUCCCCAGUCACUACCAGCGCUUCGUCAUCUCCACCUUCACCUUCGUGGAGCCGCCCUCCAUGGCCGUGCUGGAAGGAGAGGUGUACAUCUCCUGCAGCGCCUCGGUGUGUCACCUGGCCCAGCCCGAGCCCUGCCGGCCCUCCUGCCAGCUGGGAGUGCCCUCGCGAGCCCGUCGCUCCCUGGGUGACAACGGGACAACUGAGGCCAUCGUCACCUCGCAGGGACACAUCAUCUUCCCCAAGGUCCCCAAGGCACAGAGAGGCUGAGGCCAAAGGGACGGGCCAGACACCACUUGACAUCCCCCAGCAAGCUGGAAAAAUAAACCGGUUCAUAACGCGGUG